GAAGCGGGAGCUGGCACGCAGGCGGUGCAUCGCGUGGGCGCGACUGCCAAGGCCCUCUGGGGCUCGGCGGCGACGGGCAUUGGUGACACGCAGCUUCACGGACUCCGCGUGGCAACUGCUGGGAGCUGCCGCCAGCUUCCGCGGGGGGCCUCCGUGGGGCUCCGGCUGCACAGUUAUCGCGCUGGCGCGCGGUGCGACCCGUUCGUCCUCGUCGCCGCCGACGGCGUCUUUACUUGGCGCUCGGCGCUAUGGGAUUCCUUCGUGACGAAGCGGAUCAUGGAGGUCGUCAUGCAGCUGGCACAGGGUAAGGCGAGGACUUCAGCGCACCCAUGGCGACAGGCAUCUCCUCCUGCAGGCGUGGCGGCGCCGAGCGCGGCCCACAUCGGCUGGAGCUUCGAGACCGCCGCGGAG